AUGACACGGCUCUCCGACCUGCUGGGGCAGCAGGACUCGUCCGUCGAAGAGGUUGAAGCUGCGUUGGACUAUUUGGUGGCAAAACGGCAAUCGCUCUACGACCUCGAUAGCAGCAUCGCCCAGGAAACCCCCGAAGAUCAGCUGGGAGCGGAACUUGACAGUGCGCUCCAGUACGAGGAAGGUCUCGAGGGAAUGAUCACAAGGGCACGUCGUAGGCUUCGCCAGCAGCAUAAUGUUGCACCUUUGGAUGAACAGCGUCCUGCGGGACAAAAAUCCGUCGCUCCCCCUAAGCUUCAGAUACCCAAGUUUUCGGGAAAAUUACAGGAAUGGCAACAAUUCUGGCAGCAUUUUGAUGCCACCAUCCACUCCAACCAAGCACUGGCUCCGGUCGAGAAGUUUAAGUACUUGGUCUCCUACAUCAUUGACGACGCGAAGCGAUCCAUCGAAAGCAUCAGGAUCAGCGGCGACAACUACGACUCUGCGGUCACUCUGCGUACACACAGGUACGGUAGACCGGAACUCCUUACGGCGGAGCACAUCGACCAUUUGCUUGCUCUUCGUCCCAUCUCGAAUUCCCAGAACAUUCCCCAGCUCCGACGUCUUCAUGACGAUGUGACCAUUCGAAUGGCAGCUUUGGAUUCUUUGGGGGUAACAAAGGACAAAUAUGCGGUUAUCUUGUACCGCGUCAUCACACGAUGCUUGCCCGAAAACCUGUGUGUCCUUUUUCAUCAGCGGAGAAGGGAUACAGCCGCAGUACCUCAACCCCAAGGCAACAAUGAAAGCACUGGGAUAGACAAGGCCGCCGAGGAUCUUCAGGCGCUGCUAUCAUUUCUUCAGGUGCAGGUGGAGACUCGGGAAGAGGUGUUGCUCACUCGGGCAGUUUCGCCAGCGUCGGCUGCUCGAAGCAAGAGUCCUAACGAGCCGGUUCGGCUUCCUACUGCCGCUGCCCUAGCCGCUGCAAACGCCGCACCUCCGAAGCGGACUGCUGACGCACGUUCAACACCCUGUCCCUUGUGUCACUCUCCGGACCAUCCGCUGCAGUCCUGCACGGCGGUUUUACCGGCAGCCGAUAUGCGCCAUCGUUUGUCUAGAGCGGGAAGAUGUUUCAGGUGCGGCAAAUCCGGACAUUUUUCACGGGUCUGCCGAUCUGCGGCUGGAUUGUCUUGUGCGAAGUGCCACGGACAUCACCUUUCCAUAUUGUGUGACAUUCAAAGACGUCCGGAGGCUCAGCAUUGUUCGACCACUCUCCCCGCGACUCCAGACAUGGGGGCACCGCGCGAAGCGCUGGACGACGUCGUCUCACAGACUGUCAUGUCUUCAUCACCCUCGAACGUGCAUGCAAAAUCUGGAAUGGCACGCCUUCAGACAGUCUCGGUUUGGGCAGAAGGACCUGCAGGCAAGAAGCGAAUUCGGCUGCUUCUUGACACAGGUAGUCAACAAACGUUUAUACGUCGCGAUCUGUUGAAGGAGCUAGGGUGCCAAAUCUCUGGUGAGGAGGACCUCUCCGUGUUCUCCUUCGCACGUACGCGCCACCCCAGAAGAUUUCACUGCGAACGGGUGCAAGUCCGCCUCGAAGCCAUCUCGGAUUCGCGGUCGUUCAUCGAGCUUGAAGCCCUCGGCAUUUCUGAACUAUGCCUCGUGUCUACUCCAGCCUUGGACGACGUAACCAUGAGCCUUCUCUCGCUGCGAGGCCUCGAAGUGGCCGAUACGAGCUGCACCACGGACAUCGCUCUGCUGGUGGGUUCCGAUUACUAUUGGAAGCUGGUCACCGGCCGAGUGGAACUUCUCCCUGGCGAUCUUGUCGCGGUGGAGACCAUUUUCGGAUCGGUCGUUCAGGGAGUCCAGCGGUCACCCAGUCGAACGCUGUCCACCGUGGUAUCAGUCCUCUCCCUUUGCUGCGAGCAACAAGAAUUCUUCGACCACAUGGACCCUUCGGAAGCGUGGCGCUUGGAUGCCUUGGCAUAA